AUGACGAAUCCGGGAGUUCGCGUCGUUCUCUCGGAUCCGUGCUGUGAAGAUUACUUUCCGACAGACAUAUUAGAUGUUCAAGAAACACUACAAAAUUAUGUAAUAGAAAUGGGAGAAAAUCUUAGACAAACGAAUAAAUUUUCCGAAGAAUAUACUUAUAAUUUAAGUGAAUCUGUAAUUGAUAACGCAUUAAUUUAUGGAGUAAUACUAAGCUCCAAAAUUGGCGAUAUAAAUGGAAAAUUCACUCUAGAAAAUGCCAUUCUUUCAUUAACUCCUCAUUUCAAUAAAAAGCAAGUUAAUUUGAAAUUCAAGCCAACUCAAACAGGGCUAUGCAGAGGUGAAAUUAUUGCAGUUAGUGGCAAGUAUUCGAACGGAAAUGUUUAUGUUGAUCAAGUUUUUACCAAUUGUAGAAAGAAGAAUCCAGAAAGCAUACCCGAAACAUUUAACUCAACGAUACUAGUUUGUACUGGACCAUAUAUUAACGAUUCUCUUGAUCAAAUAAUUUUAUUAAAUCAUAAGUUGGUACAGAUCAACCCAGAUUUCACAAUAUUUUUAGGUCCCUUCUUGACUGAAGAUUGCUCUAUCAUCAUGAAUUUUGGCAAAGAAGGGCCGUGUUACGAUGCAGAUACAUUGACCGAAGAAGUAAUACAAAUUCUUUCUCAAAAUCUAAAGAAUUCCGUAUUUAUACCAAGUCCAGAUGAUAUUAGUGGCUUGAAAAUUAUUCCUGGCCCUCGCAUUUCAGAUGGCGGUCUGACAUAUAGCUGCACUGGCAAUCCAUGCCAAAUCCGAUAUGGACCAAUUGAUAUAUAUUCAAUUGCUUUUCAGUCAAUGGAUUAUUUGAUUGAAAAUUGUUGCAGCAAAACUCCAGAAGAAGGAAUACUUGCCAAGCAAUGCAGCGGAUAUCCAUCAGUGCAUCCGUAUAUUCAAUACAAUAAUAUUUCUGAUCUUAAGGCUAAAAGAUCUCCACAUCUUUUUAUUUAUUCGGGAAAUCAAGAACAUUUAGAAUGGAACGGAACUACAAGUAUUGGGACCCCGUCAUUUCUAAAAUCAAAUAAAAUUACCCUUUGUCAAUUUAAAGACGGAAAACUUGAUAUUCAAUUUGUUUAA